CCCUCCCUCCCAUUUUGGUACUCCAAUUUCCCCUCUCUCCCCAGCGUCCACGCGCUUUCGGAUCAUGGCUUUGUCUGCCUAUCCGCGCCCCCUAACCUGAUCAUGUUGCAUCUCUCAAUGCGUCAAUGAUAGUUCUUCAACUCGAUUGUCACACUUGUCCAACCAAAACCACCUCCAUAACACUAUCCGGGUCCCCUUUACCCGCCGUCUGAGCGAGAUGCCCUCCGACAACCCUUCGGUCGGCGAAUCAGCCCCCGAUCUCGAGAUCGUGGGCAACAAAGUCACCAUCCACCCCAGCGGCGUCACCGGCGGCCCGGAACCCCAGGAUGAUCAGAUCCCCGAGCGCAAUCUCGUCCGCCACAUGGCGCGGUUCCGCGAGAACCCCUUCGACUUCCUCCGCGAAGUCAGUCUCUACAUGUCCGGCACGGGCUGGCGCGCCUACAACGAUGUCAUCGGCCAGCCCAUCUUCUACCCGGGCUUCUCCGACCGCAUGAAGUCCCGCAUUCUUGCCAGCCCGCUGCUCCAGGGCAAAGUGAAGGAGCUGGCCGAGCUGCGCCUGGCCGUCGAGGAGAAGGAGGGCUUGUUGGAUGUGAACCCUGGGCCGCGGGAAGCCAAGAAGAUUCAUCGCAGAAACGAGCUUGAGGCUCAUUUGAAGGAAGUGGUCGACUCGAUGCUGGAUAAUAUGAUUUGCAAGAUGGAGAGCAAGAGGUUUAUUCGCGGAGCGUACUACGUGGCUACGCAGCUGCUGACCAGGGCUUAUCAUCAGGGCAUUCACGUAUCCAGCGAGGAGGUCCUUCGCUUGAGAUCCGUGGCGGAAGAGGCCGCGCGGAAGAAACGGUCCAUCGUGUUCCUGCCCUGCCACAAGUCCCACGUGGACUAUGUGUCGCUGCAGUUGAUCUGUUAUCGUCUGGGUAUUGGGCUUCCGGUGGUGGUGGCGGGCGACAAUCUCAACUUCCCGCUGGUGGGCCCAUUCUUGCAGCAUGCCGGUGCGAUGUGGAUUCGGAGGAGUUUUGGUAAUGAUCCGCUUUAUAACACCGUCGUGCAGGCGUAUAUCGACACGCUUCUACAGCAGGGGUUCAAUUUCGAGUGUUUUAUCGAAGGUGGGCGAUCCCGAACGGGGAAGCUUCUGUCGCCCAAGUUCGGGAUCCUCAGUUUUAUUCUGGAUAGCGUACUGUCGGGCCGUGUGGAGGACACGAUCAUCUGCCCUGUCAGUACACAAUAUGACAAGGUCAUCGAGACUGAGUCCUACAUUAGCGAGCUCCUGGGUCAGCCGAAACGGAAGGAAAACCUGGCGGAUUUUCUUUCGUCGUCUUCAGUCUUAUCAUUGAAGCUUGGUCGGGUAGACGUUCGCUUCCAUGAACCAUGGAGCUUGAAAGAGUUCAUCACCCAGCAGUUGACGCGGCUGCCUGAUCCGAUCGGCGACAUCGGAAGCCAGAAGCUAAGCACUGCCGAGAGAGGCCGCGUUUUGAGAUCAUUAGGGUAUAGGGUCCUGUCUGAUAUCAAUAAUGUAUCUGUCAUGAUGCCUACUGCGCUGGUCGGAACGGUCCUACUGACUCUGCGUGGUCGCGGUGUGGGCAAGGGAGAGCUUGUCCGACGGGUCGAAUGGCUCUGUGAACGGGUCCGAGCCAAGGGAGGCCGCGUCGCGCACUUUUACCGAUACCCUACUGAAGUUGUUGUGGACCGCGCGUUGGAAGUUCUGGGGCCGCAGAUUGUCGGUAAGGUGGCAGGGCUGGUGGAGUCGACGUACUAUGCGGUCGACCGCUUCCAGCUCUCCUUCUACCGCAACAUGACGAUCCAUCUCUUCAUCACCGAGGCCCUGGUCUCGGCGGCGAUGUACACGCGAAUCAAACAAGGCGGCGGGCCGUCCUACCAGCGAAUGUCAUUCCCUGACCUCUUGAAUCAGGUCUCCUUCCUCUCCCAGCUUUUCCGCGGCGAGUUCAUCUUCCCUCCCGAAGGACUGACGACCAAUCUCGACAAGACCCUCCGGGGUCUGGAGAAAGACAACGUGAUCACCGUCAGUCGCGAUCCAUCGGGCAACCCGCUUACUGUUGAGCUCAGCGAGGCGGAGCGCCAAUGCGGACGCGAGAACUACGACUUCUACUGUUUCCUCAUCUGGCCGUUCAUCGAAGCCUGCUGGCUGGGUUCUGUCUCGCUGUUGGGGCUCACGCCUCCGUCUGACUUUCCCAAAGAUGUCUGGAUUGAUCUGGGCAAAGCACAAGACAAUGCCCAGCUUCUCGGCAAAACGCUGUACCACCAAGGCGACCUCUCCUACUUCGAAGCCGUCAACAAAGAAACCCUGAAGAACUCGUACCAGCGCUUCGCCGAAGAAGGAAUCAUCCACAUCGCCAGAAGCAAGGAAUCCAAGGCCUCGUCCGUGCGGCUGGCGCCGGAGUGGACUCCGGAGCGCGACCCGGCAACUGGCCAGGUCCUCCCGCGCGGUCGACUGUGGGACUUUACCGAGUUGAUCGCGCAAUCCCGCCGGGAGGGGAAAAACCGCCGCGACGGUGCAACGGUUUCGUCGCGGGUGAUGCGCAUGUCCGACCUCGUGGGGCGGAAGUUAUUCGAGGACGCGACUGGGCCGACGCCGGCGGAGGAGGUGGAUUUCUCGGUGCAGCAGGUGAGGCGCAAGGCGAUUGCGCCGGCGGCGAAGUUGUGAUGUGAAGCGGGGGGUAGUUCUGUGAGUGGUGGAGCAUAGAGGUUUUAUACCCGUGGGUUUUGUUUGGAUUGGGUUGUGCCUACGUAAGGAUGUACUGUACAGACAUUCGGUCACAUCAGUCAUUCCAGCAACCUGGAUGUUGAGAUAUAUGUACUUCAAUGGUGGAUGUUCUGGACCGAGUCACGACUUGAUUGCAAAACCAUGCCAGUGGUGGUCCUGCACGUAUGAUGAUAGAUUCCGAUCCGGUGCAUCUUGUGAUAUCCUUGACCAAUGUCUAAGAUACUCGCACAGCUGGCCAUGAGUACGAUACCAGAAGCAAGUUCUGAGCGUUCCCCGCAUAACUCAUUAUAACUGAAUGCAGUGCUGUUGAGUCAGUGCUCCUGGCCA